UUCGUUCCGUGGCUCUCAAGCAAGCAACUCCAAGUGCAAAAUCUCUCGUGUGGACUUUGGGAAAAAGAAAAAUUAUUCUUCUUAUUAAAAUUAGUGACAUUGUAACACACUUUUGCCAUUCCAUCGCGAGUGCCUUUUGUUUCACUCUCAGUGAUUUAUUCGUCAUUUCCGCCCGAGAAAGACCUCAAAGUUGCCCAUCCAAGAUGUUGAAUACUAAAGUUCUCUGUCUCCUUGUCGUGUUCAUUUUCGCGGUUGCCGCCGAAUCGACCCCUGGAGAGACGAAGAUCAGCGCCAAGACCGAGGAUCUGAAGCCAGCGGAAAGCGGUCAAAUCUUUGACUUAGGAAGCUGGGCAGGAAGGAGAUCUUACUACCCCUCUUACGGCGGCUACGGUGGCGGCUAUGGAGGAUAUGGAGGCUAUGGCAACUACGGCGGCUAUGGUGGCUGGAAUAGACCUGGCUACAACACAGGAUAUGGCGGCUAUGGCGGGUAUGGCGGAUACUACCCUCAGUCCGGAUACGGCUCGACUUACGGCGGAUACUACCCGCAGAGCGGCUACGGAACCAACUACCUGGGCGGAUACGGAGGCUACGGAGGAUAUGGAACCGGAUAUGGCGGAUAUGGCGGCGGUUAUGGCGGAUAUGGAGGUGGUGGAUACUAUUACUAAACACGAGAAUGAUUCCUCUGAGUGAAAAUUAACAGCCUGACUUAUCACCAAUUUUGCAAAAAAAAAAAGUGUUUUGUAAAUUUGCGACGCAUUCGUAUAUCCAAGGAAAGUCCCCAGAGAAGAGCAGCAAAUUUUCCAACAGCGGAAAAUCACCUUUUUGGUCAAUCUUCAGCAGUGAAUGAUGUCAUAUCCUCAGAAACACCGAUUAAAAGUAUUCUCAACAGUUUUUCUUGCGACUGUCAGCAAAAAGUAGGAGGUAGAUUGAAAUAAAAUUGAAGAACUAAUA